AUUUUUUUUCGCCGGACGUCAUGGCUGUGGAACCCGGGGCCUGUUUGGUCACUGCUGAGGCCUCAUACAUAAACAUAGAGCCAACAUGAACCCCAUUUUUCUCUCAAAACUCACGCCAUCUGGCAAGCUUUCAUCAUGACAGACGUACGGCCAGAGCAAAAGCACAACCCGAGUAACGACUUCAGUGGAAAUAACUCAGAAAAGGACGAUGAAACAACACGCAGCCCCAGCCCUGUCGGUGAACAGAACGAGAAGGCUCCUGUCGAUGCUCAAGGACGACGAGAACUGAGGGAGACCGAUUGCCCCGAGAUUCUGGCAUACGCCUGGCCAACAUGGAAGAAGUGGAUGUACCUGUCUGCCAUUGCCGGCAUCCAGAUUUCAAUGAACUACAACACCUCGGUCUUCCCUAGUGCCGUUACUCCUCUGUCAGAGGCAUUCGGCAUUGGUCAACAAGAAGCAAGAACUGGUCAGAUGAUCUACCUGGUCCUGUACUCGUUCGGUUGCGAGUUGUGGGCACCCUGGUCUGAGGAGUUCGGUCGUUGGCCCAUCCUCCAGCUUUCCAUGUUCCUUAUCAACAUCUGGCAAAUCCCUUGCGCCUUGGCUCCCAACUGGGGAACCAUUCUUGUCUGCCGUGCUUUGGGUGGUCUCUCUACUGCUGGCGGUAGUGUCACUCUCGGUCUUAUCGCCGAUCUGUACGGACCCGAGGAGCAACAAUACUCCUUGGCCUUUAUUGUCUUGUCCUCUUGUAUCGGUACCAGUAUCGGAGGUAUCAUUGGCGGUCCUAUUCAACGAUUCCUCGCAUGGCAAUGGUUCUUCUGGAUCAUGCUCAUCUUCGGUGGUGUUGUCCAGAUCAUCCAUCUCUUCAUGCCCGAGAGUCGUUCGACCAUCCUCCUCGACAAGGAGGCCAAGCGUCGUCGCAAGACUGGCGAGGACCCCAACAUCUACGGACCUAACGAACUCAAGACUCCCCGCAUCUCGCUCAAGGAAGCUGGCAAAGUUUGGCUUCGUCCCUUCGAGAUGUUUAUUCGCGAACCCAUUGUGCUCUGCUUGUCUCUUCUCUCUGGGUUCUCUGAUGCUCUUAUCUUUACAUUUUUAGAGUCAUUUCCCGAGGUAUACACGAAGUGGAACUUCGGUAUUCUUGCCCAGGCAUGGGCUUUUAUUCCCAUCAACCUUGCCUACUUCCUCACUUACCUCAUUUACCUACCCUGCUUCAUGCGUGACAACUGGCACCGCAAGCAGAGGGGAGACGACUGCUUCUUGCCUGAGCGUCGCCUGAAGGUGUUGCUUUGGCUGGCUCCUUUGGAACCCAUCGGUCUCAUUGGCUUCGCAUGGACUUCUCUCGGCCCUGAGUACCACGUCCACUGGAUCGCUCCCAUGAUCUUCUCUACUCUCGUCGGUAUUGCCAACUACGCCAUCUACUUCUCAUCGGUCGACUACAUGAUUGCCGCCUACGGUGUCUACUCUGCCUCAGCCUGUGGUGGUAACGCCUUCGCUAGAGAUUUCCUCGCCGGUAUCUCAGCAAUGUACGCUACUCCUCUGUACACCAACAUUGGCGGUCACCCUGUCGAGUACGCAAGUACUAUUCUUGCUGGAGCUUCCGUCCUCGUCGUUAUCCCCAUCUACGUCUUCUACUGGAAGGGACCUGUCAUUCGCGACAGAUCGAAGUUCGCCAAGACCCUUGCCGAGGACCGCAAGAAGGAAGGAGUCAGACGUCUCAGUUACGCCGACAACUUGCCUGCUUAGAUGCUUGCAUACAGUUAUGUCCCAGUGUGUUUUUGUUGUAUUAUAGACCAGAUACCCGGUGUGUUAUAUUAGACAUAGAUCUAUAUGAAUGACUGAAACGAUUAAAUC